GGAAGUGGAAGAGGAACAAGAAACCCUCUCUCUCUCUAUCUCUAACCGCCCCUCUCUCCCUCUAGAAUCAUUCGUUAAGAGGUUAGAUCAUGGUGAUGGGCAUGAUGAGGCCGCGCUUCUUCCCUAUAAAAGCCCAUCUCCUCUUCCGUAGAACACCAAAUAAGAAAAACAUCGUUCUCUUGUCUUCUCCUUUUCUCAUCGCGGCAUUCUUCUGCUCUCCUCCAUUCUUCUUCUUCCCCAAAGCGAAACCUUUUCUUUCAGAACAGAGCAAGAGCUUCACCACCGUCAUGUCGAGAGCUUCAGCCGAUCAAAUCGCUGAGGAUUAUGAAGCCCUGGAGCUUCAGAAACCGAGACAUGUGGUGAAAAAGGUACUGGCCAAGCAACAGCAAGAAGGUGAUGGCGCUAAUGUUCGGCGAAGCAUUGGAAGGCCAGAGUUGAGAAAUUUUGAUCCUUUUCUUCUUCUCGAUGAAUUCUCUGUUUCUCGCCCAGCUGGAUUUCCGGAUCACCCUCACAGAGGUUUCGAGACUGUAACUUACAUGCUUGAGGGCGCCUUCACCCACCAAGACUUUUCCGGUCACAAGGGAACCAUCAGAGCCGGCGAUCUCCAGUGGAUGACUGCCGGCCGGGGAAUAGUCCACUCAGAAAUGCCCGCCGGCGACGGAGUUCAAAAAGGCCUCCAACUUUGGAUCAACCUCUCCUCCAAAGACAAAAUGGUGGAACCAAACUACCAAGAGCUCCUAAGCAAAGACAUAGCCAGAGUCAACAAGAACGGUGUCGACGUUCGCAUCAUAGCAGGGGAGGCCUUCGGCGUCAGCUCUCCAGUCUACACGAGAACUCCAACAAUGUACCUUGACUUCACCAUGAAGCCUGGAGCUGAGCUCCGGCAACUAAUCCCACAAGAAUGGAACGCCUUCAUAUACAUUAUCGAUGGAGAAGGCGUGUUCGGCGACGAGGAAACCUCGCCGAUCUCAAGCCAUCAUGUUCUGAUUCUUAGCAAUGGCGAUGGAUUGAACGUUUGGAACAAGUCAGGGCGGCCGCUGCGCUUUGUGCUCAUCGGCGGGCAACCGCUCAAUGAGCCGGUGGUUCAGUACGGGCCAUUUGUUAUGAAUUCCCAGAAGGAGAUACAGCAAACUUUGGAGGAUUAUAGGCUUGGAAAGAACGGGUUUGAGAAGGCGAAGCACUGGAAAUCUGGUUCAGAUAGGUUUUGAAUUGAUGGCUAUAUAUGAUAUUGGUUGGGGGGUUUGUGUUCUUUAUCAAUAAGAUGAAAUUUGUAUUCAUACGGUUUGGAACUCCAGUCAUAGAAUACAAUUCAAUUUGGAUGAUUUGAAUCCGAUCGAACAUAUGAAGAUUGGAUUCAGUUGUAGUUAUUCAAAUUGAACUGAAUUAUAUGACUGAGAUCUUAAGUGCCGUGUUCUUCAUAAUUUUAGAGGAUUCAAAAAUGUAGGUGGGGUUUCAGCUUUCGGAGAAAUUAUUUUGCGCGGAGGUUGGACAUAGCUUUACGUCCGGGGACGAAUCAGGUGCAGCCACGUAGCGGUACCGAGCCGCGGUACACAACAAAUAGAUGAUGUGGCGCAUUUUGGUUGGUAUUCGGACGGCGUUCGGCGUCUGCACAUAAUAAUUAAUCCAAAUUUCGAGUGUCAUGGUUUUUCUUUGUAAUCAAUUUCAAUGCCAUUGGCUUUAGUUGUGUUAUUAUAUUUAUUUAAUUUUUUU